CAGACGUUUGUGGUUUUAGUCCCCUUUCAAGAGGGUGAACAUGACUCGCGCCUGAACGAAAUGUCAGAUUAGCUUUCAUUUGGAUCAAGUACUCACGCCUAGUUGUUAUCGCACACGCAACUGGGUGAUAGUUUGAUAAUUUAAAGGCUCAGAUUAACCUUUUUUUUGUUUUUUUUUGUUUUUUAAAUCAGCUUUCCAAUUUGGCUUCUUUUUUCUUUUUCUGUAAGACCGUUCACACAUACUGAAACAAAGUGGAUUUAACAGUGGCUACGUGGUUUCCCCGCACUCCAAGAUGCUUCUGGUCUCCCAGCGGCUAGACUCACCUCGCAUGGACCCAUUAUUGUCAGGAUCCCUGAAGAGGAAAUUGACUGGGGCUGUGGAGGGUUCUGCAUCACUAAACGGGGUCUCUGACACAUCUAUGACCCAGGGAGGUGCCAAAAGACUAUGCCUAGAAGAUGUCACACUUGCAAUGUGCCCCAGCUACCCUCAAUCCACUUUCUCAUCUGGGAUAUGCAGCCAGGGAGGUGUACUGGAAGGCAACAGACUCAAUAGUAACAACAACAAUUUGGGUUCUCCAUAUUCUGUACCCCCAACUGCUAGUCCUGGAUCAACUUCAGGAGGUGGAGGAGGCUCAGGGGGUUUGACGAAUAACUUCAAUCCAAAUGGGAGUUCAGCCACUCCUUCAGUUGAACAGGAGCUGCAGGAGAUUUUGGAUGAACUUACAAAUAACCCUGAUCCCUCUUUACCAGAGCUUGACAUUGAGAAGAUCUUGGGAAAAGAGAACGAUGACCAGGCAAGUAGUACUGGAGGCUUUGUCCACCCGGAUGGUAACGGGACCCCCAAAAGGUCCCCACAGAGACAGUCACAUCUGGAGGCCCACCUCACUCAAUCCCCUGGUUUCUCUCAGGCUGGUUCCUCUCAGGUGGGUCCAAGUCCCGCAGGGGCACCUUACACCCUACCACACCCUUCCAAACCAGUUCCAUCUCCACUCUCCGCAUCACCCCUAUCUUCAUCCUCUUCACAAGGGCAGAACAAAGCACGGUCACCCAUGCUUUCUGCGGCCCUAUCAAGCCGGCCUGGAUCCAACUGGCAUGAGGUAAAUCGGGCCCAACAGCUUCAGCAGAUGGCGUCAAAUAAUAAGCACUAUUCUAAAAACAGUGCUGGUCAGCCACAUGCCCAAUCAGGGCUAUCAGGAUUAGGCCAGCAAGGCACCUCAUGGGCUGGUCCUUCUCCACCCUACCGACCAGGGGACAAACUGCCUAACUCCUCUCCUCACCAGCAGCCCUUCAGUCCAGCAGGUAAUAUUCAAAGCCCCCAGAGCUCUCUUAUCUCUAGCAUGGCUCCAGCCCCAUCUACAGGACCUUCACCACCCUACAGACCAGAAAAGCUAGCCAGUCCGGCAAUUGCUCAACCUCCUUUCAGCCCCCAGAACAGCCUUCUUUCUGGAAAUGCCCCAUCAGGAGGGUCAGUUACUACCAUCCAAGGUUCUCAGGCAAGUUACCUCCCUGGUGUGGCCCCAACGUCAAGCAGCACUCGACCAUCACCUCCGUACCGACCAGAUAAACACCCGAACCCAGCUGGGCAGUGCCAACCAGGGACACAACCCCCCACCCAAGGACAUCUUUUCAACUCACAAAAUAAUCAAGUACCUGGAAUGUCUAGUCAGCUGUUCAAGGCCAUCACAUCCACCCAGCCACCCAACAGCCUACUCAUGCAGGCACGAACAGCACAGGGAAAACCCUCACAGCUGCAAAUAAGCAAGAACAACACAGGUAGUAUGGGCCCAGAGCCUUACUCCUUCAACAACACCAAGCCAUUACGACAUUUUGACCCUGAUCCCUCUGUGACAAAACUGGGUCCUCUGGGUGUGGGAGGAUACCGCAGUGCUAGCAUGCAGUCCUCACCACCCACAUCAGCCACAGGACAUGCUCAUCUGUUGCCGCAGCGCAUGCAAAGGGGGAUGCAGGCAGGUGGCCUUAUGCCUCACUGCAGAGAUGAUCAAGGGGCAGGAAUGAUGCCACAUCUUCAGGACUCUCCAUCAGCAGUGCCACGGCAGCCCCAGGGUAACAACUACAACCUUCUACUGAAGAAUCAGCUAUUAAACAAGCAGCUUCAGCAGCAGGAAAAGCAAAGGCAAAUGGAGCACAUGAAUGGAGGUCAGAUAACAGACUGCCAACAGGUGGCACCAUUUCAAGGUCCAGGUCGACCACUCCCUCCGGAGUGUGGUGGUUAUGCUAUGGGGCCUUCUCAACAGCCCAAUUCUAACAUACUGUCCCAUAGCGGCUCUCUACCCACAAAUCGAAUGGGUCUUUCCUCUGGCUCUAUGUCCCAGAUGGGCCCCAACGUCGGAGGAUAUAUGUGUAGCAAAGGCUCAAAACAAACCCUCUGCCACCCUUCACAAGACUUUGGAAUGGCAAUGCAGCCAGGCCAGAUUAUAAUGGGAAUGGGUGGACCUCCACGUCAACCGCUACACCCAGCUCACGGUGUGACCCGACCAGGUAUGCCAUGUCCCAACAUAACACGGGGUCCUUUGCCAACUCACCACCUACGGCAGGCAUUGCACCAAGGUGGAGCUCUUCCUUCACGUAUGAUGUUCCCUUCUCAGCAGCAACCCUCAUCACAAUCCCAGCUUUGGCAGCACCAACAGGGGAUGCAACCACAUAUGGACCCUGCUACCCUCCAACAUCCCUUCCCCAGUGGAGGAGCCCCACCUGGUUGUGGGGGAUCUCAGUUUCCACAGCGAUCCACCAUGGCAGGUAUGCCAGCCAACUUCCCCGUUGCCCGUCCUCCCCCUAACCAGGUAGCCUCUGGUCUGAUUGGCAGACAGGACCAGAAGAUGCCCACCGGCCAGCCGCUCCCCUCCAUAUCUCAACAAAGCUUCAGAAUCCGAGGUCCACUUUCCGCCCUUGCUGUUAUGAAACCUGGAGGUCCUUCUAUGAUGCACCCAGCUCAUGGCAUGGCUCCUCCGAGCUACCAGACUGCUUCUGCAGGCAAACAUUGCCCACAACAGGGCUACGGCCCUGGACAUAAACAUCCCUCCUUCGACUACACCCAGCAGCAUCAGAGCAAUGGUGGAAUGGGACUACAAAGGCCUGGGGGAGGAGGUGCUGGUGGGGAGGUGGACUUCAUAGACACUCUGGUGGGCAGCAAUGAAGACUGGCUUAACAAUCUCACCAUGAUUGAUGAAUACCUUGAGCAAAACUCGUAGAGACAAUAGAUUGAGGGCUUCCUCGGUUUUGAAAAUCACUACAAGCAGUGCCAGAACUAAUGUUCUAGGGUCAUCGCUCUGUAAGGUUCUAAACCUUAUUGUCAGGGCUUGCAUUAGUGAGAAUGUAUUGGUGGAAAUGAUGCACUGCUAAGCUCUCUGAAAUGGUUUUGGCACCCUAGUCUAUAAAAAGACUUAAAAGGGUGGAGGGGCGAUCAAAUUGGCCCAUUUUAUAAGAUUCCCUUUCAUUUCAUAUGAUUUGGCAACAACUGCUCAAGGGUUGCUCUUUCAGUGCUUUUUGCACAAUAUUAGGACAAUAUUGUAAUUAUCUUUAAGUUUAAUAUGGAGUGAAACACUGAUUUAUGAAUACUUGGCCUUUCCCUAGCAUUGUAAAUAAAGUUCUCAUGGGAUGUGGUAACAGUAUUGUCUCAAGUCAGACCAGGCAAAUAUGUGUAGUUUUUCAUGAUAAUUGAAAAGCAUUUACAGUCAUUUCUGUGAUGAACUAUUUGAGGGUAUUUCAAAAGGGGCUUGUUCUGUGCAUAAAGUAUUUGUAAAGUAUGGUUUCUUAAACUGUAACAUACAAAAGAGAAGUACACAUAUUUAUGCUUCUUUUCUGUGGAUAAAUUCCUCAGAGGUUCCCUGUACAUAAUUAUCAAAAUGAUAAAUAAAAUGAUGCAAUGAUGUAAAGAAAUAAGCAACACAUUGAAAUGUUGUACACUAGGAAACUCUAUUGUAAUUUGUAUUAUGCAAGACAGUAUGGUUAGUUUUGGAGUAAUACUAUGUAUUACAGUGUUCAAAAAACUGUUAUGUUUUUGACAUAACUGGACUUCUGGUACUCCUGUCCGGCUCAUGAGGGAUUUCUUUUUUUUUUUUUUUUUUUAAUUGUGAGGUUUGGAGUAUAGUAUUUAUCAACCUUGUUAGAUCAUUUUAUUCUAACACUAAUUGCACAAAGUCCAAAAAUUCCCUUACUUGCAUCAUAUUGCUAUAGCAUAAUACAUUUUACACUAGAUACCAGUGUCUUUGUAAUAAUCCGUUCCAUCUGACAAGAUAUGAAAUGGGGAUCUUAAGGAUCCUGAAGUUUUCUGAAAAAAGGACUCUUGUCAGCAAAUUUAGGAAUGUCUUUUGUAAGUGCACAGCAGCUACACUGCAAUCACAGCUUUAAUGUAGCAGCAGAGAGACAAAAAAAAUCACACCACCUAUUAUGUAUUACAAGAGCGACACCUGUCACAGUAAGUGCAUCAGUCCUACAGUCCUUUGUGCCAGAGUCCUGGGUUUCCAGUAGUUCGUGACCAUGUAGUUGAGGCCAUGAACAUUCAGACAUUCUGAUUUGUUAUUAAUUGUGA